CUGAGGACGUCCCCCCGGUGGUGACAGAGCCUCGGGGUCCUCAGUCGGUACGGUCUCUGCACCUCGCGCCCCAGCAGGUAAACUAACAUGGAUUUUUCCAAGCUACCCAAAAUACUCGAUGAAGAUAAAGAAAGCACAUUUGGUUAUGUGCAUGGGGUCUCAGGACCUGUGGUUACAGCCUGUGACAUGGCGGGUGCAGCCAUGUAUGAGCUGGUGAGAGUGGGCCACAGCGAGUUGGUUGGAGAGAUUAUUCGAUUGGAGGGUGACAUGGCUACUAUUCAGGUGUAUGAAGAAACUUCUGGUGUUUCUGUUGGAGAUCCUGUACUUCGCACUGGUAAACCCCUCUCUGUAGAGCUCGGUCCUGGCAUUAUGGGAGCCAUUUUUGAUGGUAUUCAAAGACCUUUGUCGGAUAUCAGCAGUCAGACCCAAAGCAUCUACAUCCCCAGAGGAGUAAACGUGUCUGCUCUUAGCAGAGAUAUCAAAUGGGACUUUACACCUUGCAAAAACCUACGGGUUGGUAGUCAUAUCACUGGCGGAGACAUUUAUGGAAUUGUCAAUGAGAACUCGCUUAUCAAACACAAAAUCAUGUUACCCCCACGAAACAGAGGAACUGUAACUUAUAUUGCUCCACCUGGGAAUUACGAUACCUCUGAUGUUGUCUUGGAGCUUGAAUUUGAAGGUGUAAAGGAAAAGUUCACCAUGGUGCAAGUAUGGCCUGUACGUCAAGUUCGACCUGUCACUGAGAAGCUGCCAGCCAAUCAUCCUCUGUUGACUGGCCAGAGAGUCCUUGAUGCCCUUUUUCCGUGUGUCCAGGGAGGAACUACUGCUAUCCCGGGAGCCUUUGGCUGUGGAAAGACAGUGAUAUCACAGUCUCUAUCCAAGUAUUCUAACAGUGAUGUAAUCAUCUAUGUAGGAUGUGGUGAAAGAGGAAAUGAGAUGUCUGAAGUCCUCCGGGACUUCCCAGAGCUCAUUGAGGUUGAUGGUAAGGUAGAGUCAAUUAUGAAGAGGACAGCUUUGGUAGCCAAUACCUCCAAUAUGCCUGUUGCUGCUAGAGAAGCCUCUAUUUAUACUGGAAUCACACUGUCAGAGUACUUCCGUGACGUGGGCUAUCAUGUCAGUAUGAUGGCUGACUCUACCUCUAGAUGGGCUGAGGCCCUUAGAGAGAUCUCUGGUCGUUUAGCUGAAAUGCCUGCAGAUAGUGGAUAUCCAGCCUAUCUUGGUGCCCGGCUGGCCUCUUUUUAUGAACGAGCAGGCAGGGUGAAAUGUCUUGGAAAUCCUGAAAGAGAAGGGAGUGUCAGCAUUGUAGGAGCAGUUUCUCCACCUGGUGGUGAUUUUUCUGAUCCAGUUACAUCUGCUACUCUUGGUAUCGUUCAGGUGUUCUGGGGCUUAGAUAAGAAACUAGCUCAGCGUAAGCAUUUCCCCUCUGUCAAUUGGCUCAUCAGCUACAGCAAGUAUAUGCAUGCCUUGGAUGAAUACUAUGACAAACACUUCACAGAGUUCGUUCCUCUGAGGACCAAAGCUAAGGAAAUUCUGCAGGAAGAAGAAGACCUGGCAGAAAUUGUACAGCUUGUUGGAAAGGCUUCUUUGGCAGAAACAGAUAAAAUCACUCUGGAGGUAGCAAAACUUAUCAAAGAUGAUUUCUUACAACAAAAUGGAUAUACUCCUUAUGACAGGUUCUGCCCAUUCUACAAGACAGUAGGGAUGCUGUCCAACAUGAUUGCAUUUUAUGAUAUGGCUCGUAGAGCUGUUGAAACCACUGCCCAGAGUGACAAUAAAAUCACAUGGUCCAUUAUUCGUGAACACAUGGGAGACAUCCUCUAUAAACUUUCCUCCAUGAAAUUCAAGGAUCCACUGAAAGAUGGUGAGGCAAAGAUCAAGAGCGACUAUGCACAACUUCUUGAAGAUAUGCAGAAUGCAUUCCGUAGCCUUGAAGAUUAGAAGCCUUGAAGAUUAGAACUGUGAUUUCCUUUUCCUCAACAAGCUCCUAUGUGUAUAUUUCCUGAAUUUCUCAUCUCAAACCCUUUGCUUCUUUAUCGUGCAGCUUUGAGACUAGUGCCUAUGUGUGUUAUUUGUUUCCCUGUUUUUUUGGUAGGUCUUACAUAAAACUAACAUUCCUUUGUUCUAGUGUUGUGAAGGGCCUCCCUCUUCCUCUAUCUGAAGUGGUGAAUGUAGUAAAUAUAUAUUAUGGUUACACUACUGUAAACUUGUAUGUAGGGUGAUGACCCUCUUUGUCCUAGGUGUGCCCUUAUCUCUAUUAAAUUGUAAACAGGACUACUGCAUGUACUCUCUUUGCAGUGAAUUUGGAAUGGAAGGCCAGGUUUCUAUAACUUUUGAACAGGUACUUUGUGAAAUGACUCAAUAUCUAUUGUGGUAAU